CUAGCAGAGCACUGUUGAGCGCUCUAACAGUCCACUGCUUCUUCCUGCUCUCAGGUAACUGCCUGCCCAUAUGAGGUACGUCAGGGGCGGACUGACAACUCAUGGGGCCCCUGGGCAAUAGGGGAUCAUGGGGCCCCUGUGUCCUUGCCCAAAUUUAAAAAAGCCUAUGAAAAAGGUAUCAGGGGCAUCUCAUGGGGCCCCCUUCUGACCUCGGGCCCUCGGGCAGUGCCCGAGUUUCCAAAUGGUCAGUCCGCCCUGUAUCCAGUAUACCUUUCCUCUAUGCUAAAGUCAGAAGCUUCAUUCAGCUUAAAACACAUUUGAAACAUACAUACAUAUGGACAUCAUAGCCAUCU